AUUUAUUUAUAUAGCAUCAAUAACAAUACAAAUCCUCUUGAGACUCUUUCCAAAAAAACGUCCUGAAACCUCCAGAACGAGCCUGAAGGUGACGGAGGCAAGAAGAGGUCAGUUUUAAAAGGAAGAAACCUGGAGCAGCUCAUAUGAAGGGACCCGUCCGCCUCAGACCAGCCGGGUGGAAACAGAGAAGACAGAGAAAAGAAGAGCAAGAGAAACAAGAUAAGUUCUGUCAUAGAUACGUGCAUCGGACUGAAGGAAAGACGUAGAAUCUAAUAUUACAAGAUGUGACUGAUGAUUUUAUUUGACAGUUUGAGAGCAUAAGAGGAAUCAUGGGCAGGUUGCAGAAUUGUUCAUCCAGGUAGUUUGGAGGAAUAGUUAACUGUUACUUCACUAAUCACUAAGCGCUAGGAGUAAACGUCUGCUCAGUCUUUCUGCUCAGAGUGGCUUCACUUUAUACAUGAAGUGAGAGAGAUGAUAGCGAUGCAGUAUCCUUAUCCUUUAUUGUGGAAAGCAUCAGACGUUCUGGUGCUGGUCCCUCGCUGUCGCUUCAUUUCAACACACAUUGUGUCGUAACAAAUUUUCCUCACAUCGAGCCAACAGACUAUUCUGCCUGAUCUAUCAUAGGAACAAAUCGAGGGUUAUUGCAGAGACUGUUGUGUACACUUUAGCAAAAUCUCUGUCUCUCGGUAAUAUUUGCAUAUGAAAAUCUCACUAAACAUACAGUAAGACACCAGCUUACAAGGCCUUUUGCAUUUUAAAUUAAACCCCCCUGCAGAUUGAAACAAAGCACUUUGCAAAGCCUACUCCACAUAGAUUAUGUCAGGUUGGUCGCCGUUUCACCUUUUCUAGUUUCUCUUCUCGCUUUUAGCCAGUGGAAUUUUACUAAAGCUCAUUUUUCCAGUUCCGUUUCUCUGAGUGUGUUCUUUGUGCUCUUUGUUCACACUGUUCCCUUUUUCUCUUGUUUCUCUUUGCAGAGAAGAGAGUCGGCACAGCGUCCACCCGCUGGCGUCGCAUAGCAAAACAUAAAUGGUCUGGCAAUGAUCAGCGCUGGUGGGAGCCAUCCUCUACAAGUGGGGCUCAGUGGGGUAGAUACACUGCCCCUUCAAAUGGGUUUAAGGAAUUUUUUGCAAGCAAACAGAUGCAACGCUCAAAUGUCCUUGAGCAAGAAUCCUGGCUACUUCCCUGACACCUCCCAGAUCACCUUAGAUCACCCCACUUCACUUUCAUCAUAUACUUGCAGGAAUAAUUUGUUCUUGUUGUGUUUUUCUUUCUUUCUUUUCUUUUUUUUUCUUUUUUUUUGCAAAAGACAAAGUAAGCUAUACUAAUUUGACUAAUAAGCUAUGCUGAUUUACCUUAAAAACUUGAGAAAGUAUCAAUAAUUUAGCUCAUAGUUGUGUUGCAUUAUGCUGCCAUCUAGGGGAAGCUAAUGGAAAAUACUAGAAUGGCAAACAUGAAUACUUCAAUUUUACUGUCAAUAUUGUCAAUAAUGUAUGUUCAAUCAUUUCAUCUCCUGCUGUAUUCUCCUACUGGAUAUAAAUCUGUGCAUAUAUUUUUUUUUCUUCUUUUUUUUUGACAGUUAAUGAUGACUUCCAUCUCUCCCUUUUCCUUAUCAGCCGGAGGAAAUAUCAACAUUUUCAAGGUUGUGCCCCACUAUCAGGAAGCAGUCCUCCUCCCCCACUUCCACACACACCACACACAGUCGAGUGCAUCUGAUUGGUCCAAUUUGACCCUUAAUCUGGAGGAGUCAAUAACCAGCGCGUUGGGUCGUUACCUGGACAACUGGAGGCGAAAUGUGACGGCCGCAGCCAAUGCUCUGGACAAGACUAUGGCUGAGGAGAACUUCAGGGACGUCAUCUGGUACCUGGCGGUGAUGAUCGGCAUGUUUGCGUUCAUUGUCGUGGCCAUCCUGGUGAGCACAGUCAAAUCCAAAAGGAGGGAGCACUCUAAUGACCCCUACCACCAGUACAUCAAGGAGGACUGGACUGCUCAGAUACAACAGGGAGACGUCAUCGCCAACUUUGCACCUAGAUAGUGCGACUAUCGACUUAACUCUCAAACUGCAAAUCUCUGUAUUGUAGGCCUACUGAUUUUCUACUGUUUUAUCUUUGUCAUCAAUCACCUAAAACCCGAAAUGGAGAAUAGAAAUGAAUGGUAGGAUGUUCUGCAAUAUAAAAUGAAAUUAAAUAAAUGAAUAUAAGAUUCUGCAUUCUGUAUUAAUGUAUGACAUACAGGCAGUGGUGCUGAAAAAGUUAAGAUAAUUUCAAGCCUACCCCAAAAGAUAGAUAAUCUUUUAGGCAGGAAAAGUUAAAUAUCCACUGAUCAAAAGGUAAAUAAUAUUCACCAACCACCCCCAUAAUUCUGCAUUAAAUGGUUUGUUCCUGCCUUAGUGUAUCAGCUAGCACACAGCUGUGUGUAGUUGCUGUGUGUAGACAUAAUAAAUUAUUACUUAUUAA